AUGGGAAAAUUAGAAAAUGGUAAAGGUUAAAUGAGCUUGAGUUCUUUAUUUUGUCUCAAUAAAUUAAAAGUAAGAACACAAGUUUUGAUAAUUCAAGUGAUAAUUCAAUUUUUAGUAGGAAGUUUAUUAACAUUAAUAAGUUAUUUAGCAUUUUAAUACAUUAUUGAUAUGUACUCGGACAUCUCUUUAGGUUUCUAUGUUUUAUAAUAUUACAAAAAAACUGAUAUGAUCACUUAUUUAUAAGUAAGGAGUUCUUAGGAAGUACUACUCAGAAGUUAAACUCAUCUAUUAAAGUCUGAUUUCUUAUAUCAAUUUAUACAAACCUUAGAUCUGUAAUAUGUACAACAGCCUUUAAGUUGUCUAAACUAUGAUGAUAAAUUGGACAAGUACUAAUAUGAGUAAACAUUUUGUUAUGGUUUUUUCGGAGACCAAGCUUACUCUUCUACUGAUAAAGAUACAUUGGCUCUCAAUUAUUCUUCUUUCUUAACGUAAGCCUUACCAAUGAUGGAUAUGGAUUUGGAUUUGUUAUUUUCUACAAUAGGAGAUUAGAUGUACUUUUCUAUUUGGCCUGGUGAUCCUUUUCCAAAUUAUAAGCCUCAUAGAAGAAUAUGGUACACUAACCAUUUGAAGCAAAUAGAAGAAAAAAAUUAUAAUUUGACUUAUUUUAGUGAGCCUUAUAUUUUAUGGACUUGGUUUUUGUUUAUGGUGACUUAGACAAGGAACAUGACAAAUUUAAGUGGAGGAUUGGAUGGGGUUUUUGGGAGUGAUUUAAAUUUUAGUCUAUUUCACACUUUAUAAUCGAAGUAAGAAAAUGUAACUUUUUCGAUAAUUGAUUAAAAAGGUCAAUUUUUGUUGAGUUAGUUCAAUAUUAGCGAAAAUACCUAUAUAUAUGAUACGGAUAUAUCUGGAUUUACAAGGGAGGAUUUCGAACAAAUAAAUAAUUAUUUGCAUGAAACACAAUUUAUUAAUAAUUGCUCUAGGAUUAAUCAAUUAACGGAUAAUUAACGACUUUGUAGAUAUAAUUAGAAAACUAAAACUGAAGAAUUAAUAGUAGCAAAGAUAUUAUAUCCUACCGAUUUGAUAUUGCUGAUUUAAGUAGAUCUUCUUGAAAAGGAAAAGGAACUAUUGAAUCAGCUUACUCAAAUCAAAAGAAAUUUUGAAGAUUUCUUUAGGAUGUAUAUUUUAGUAGGAAUUUCAACAGGAUUAUUCUCAAUCAUUUUGAGUUCAUUGGUUAUCUAUGUGACAUUGAGUCCAAUCACAAAUCUUAUUUUGUAUACAAGUUAAUAGAUAACAAAAGAAUCUGAUCUUAUGCAAUAGUAGAUCAACUAGAAGGUUCGACUUAAAUAAAGCAGAUACUCUUUAAAGACUAUUUAAGAAUUGCAUUAGGCAUUUAGGAAAAUGAAUGUGCGAUUGUUUAAUCACAAGGAAGGCAGAAGAAAUAAAACAUGCACAGAACUUGAAUAAAUUCAAUUUCCUUUGAAACCUUUGGAGAGGUUUUCAUUUAAUACUUCAAAGAUCAAUAAUUACAAUCUUAAGAAUGAAGAUUUGUAAAUGUUUUAUCCUUUUGAAUUCUUGCGACUUCACUAAAAAAGAAAAAGACACUGGUAUAAUUACAUUUAAAAUUGA